AGACAUGGCAGCCAACAAUCUCAGCACAGGCCUUGAAGUAGUGGCUCAGAUGACAUGGCUUCGUUCCAUACACCUGAAUAACAACAACUUCUCUGGUGCACUUCCAACGUCCUUCGCAGCUUUCAGUGCCCUCUAUUAUCUGGAUAUUGGAAACAACCACUUCAGUGGAACUUUUCCUGAUUUUAUUUUGCGCCAGAAGGUUCUUGCAUCCCUGAACUUGGGUAACAACAGCUUCACAGGGAUUAUCCCCCGCGGAUUGACCAACCUUGUCUACCUGAUGAAUAUAAAUCUCAAUGACAACAAGUUCCGUGGAACCUUCCCGUACGGCCUACUUCGGCUUUCCAUGCUGUCGUCGCUGGCAGUGUCUAACAACUUCUUUGCUGGGGAACUCCCAGGGACUCUCAGUGCAGCCCUUUCUCUGAGCACACUUGACUUGGGAGGAAAUGACUUCACGGGUUCUUUACCAGACUUCUCACGCUGGAACAUCAGCUGUCAACAGAUAAAUCUCAGCGGCAACAACUUCACAGGGUCUAUUCCCGACUCCAUCUCCACCCUCACCUCCCUCGACGGCAUUUUCCUAAACAACAACCAACUGACGGGCACCAUCCCCUCUGCGAUCUUCACCAUGACGAAUCUGAAACACCUCUACUUGGCCAACAACAACCUCACGGGCAGUCUGCCAGCUGCCAUCAGUGGAUUGCAGAAGCUCCAACAGAUCUGGUUGGACAACAACAAGAUUGAAGGCCCUCUGCCAACUAGCCUAUGCUCUCUGCCCUGGAUAUGGCGCCUCUUGAUUAGCAACAACCACCUCUACGGACCCCUUCCAGACUGCCUCUUUGACAAGUGCAUCAACCAAAUUGAUGUGAGUGGCAACAGUCUGUACGGGCGCAUAAACCGUGACUUUGAGAACAUGGUGGCGGAUGGCAGGGCGCUCAUCAACCUCGCCAACAACUUCUUCUUUGGGGAAGCCGUGCUCUUUGCUGCCGGCUGCAAGGUCUGCCCCACUGAGAUCAGCGCGCCCAACAACCUGGACCUCAAGGACACCUCGGUGUGGGUGUUUGGGGGCAAGUGCAGCAACCCCGAUCUCACGGGUCAAAUGGAUAACUCUCUCGCGAGCGCAGACAGGGAGGUGAGGGUGAGUCUGUGGGGCAACUGCCUGACCCUCAGCCCGAAUGCCAAGUGCUCCUCCAACGCCACCCAGCGCAACACGGCAGCCUGCCAGGCGUUCUGCAGCAUCACUGCCAACGGCCCGUGUGACGACCAUGGGGAGUGUGUGCAGCCUGGCCCCGCCUCCCCCGCCAACUUCACAUGCCUGUGUGAUGCCGGCUACACCGCUGUUGACUCGGGCAACGGCUCCACGUGUGCCAUUGUCUACUCCAACACCACCACUGUGCCCUCUCUGUCCACGGGUGCCAUAGUGGGCAUUGUUCUGGGCGGCUUUGCUGCCUUCACACUGCUGGCUGUUGUGCUCGCAUGGUGGCUGUGGCCCCGCGGUCCAAAGAAGUGGGAGGGUUUGGAUGUGUGUGAGCAGUUCUCGCUGCAGCAGCGUAUGUUUUUUGAGAAUUCUCAAAAAACAUACGCUGCAACAAAUUUCCCUCCCACGGAUGUUAGUGUGCUGGCGCCUACCAAAGAGGAUACGCAACCUCUUGGUAAAAGCAAGGUUUCAGAAAACGGGGACACACCACCCUCAUAA